GAGCAAUGAGUCAGCCCUGGGAGCACAAUUUAGAUGAAGGUAAUUCACCUUUGCUGUUGGAAGGGGUGGAGCCUGGCUGCACCUCUCCUAGACCCAUUUAAGAGCUGGCUACCAGUGGGGAAGGAUCUCUUUUUGGAGAUCACUCCUUUGGAGUUUCAUAGCAAGCCCAGGACAAGGGAAAUUCUUUCUGGCGUCGUGGUCAUAACAAGUAAGGACACAAUCCAGCACCAAGGCAUCUCAUUGACGAUGGAAGGAUCUGUAAAUCUGCAGCUUAGUGCCAAAAGUGUGGGUGUGUUUGAAGCUUUCUACAAUUCUGUCAAGCCUAUUCAAAUUAUUAACAGCACUAUUGAAAUGGUAAAACCAGGGAAGCUUCCCAGUGGCAAGACAGAAAUUCCUUUUGAAUUUCCACUGCAUGUGAAGGGCAACAAAGUUCUAUAUGAGACGUAUCAUGGUGUCUUUGUUAAUAUUCAGUAUACUCUGCGGUGUGAUAUGCGACGUUCUCUGCUGGCAAAAGACCUAACCAAGACUUGUGAAUUCAUUGUUCACUCAGUGUCACAGAAAGGGAAACUGACGCCGAGCCCAGUAGACUUCACAAUUACUCCUGAAACUUUGCAGAAUGUUAAAGAGAGAGCAUCACUUCCAAAAUUUCUCAUCAGAGGCCAUCUCAGUUCUACAAACUGUGUCAUUACGCAGCCACUAACAGGGGAGCUGGUAGUGGAGAGUGCAGAAGCUGCAGUCAAAAGUAUUGAGCUGCAGUUAGUGCGUGUGGAAACCUGUGGGUGUGCGGAAGGUUAUGCCAGAGAUGCCACAGAGAUACAGAAUAUUCAGAUUGCUGAUGGGGACGUCUGCAGAGGCCUACCAGUUCCUAUAUACAUGGUGUUUCCCAGGUUGUUCACUUGCCCUACCUUGGAAACAACAAACUUCAAAGUGGAGUUUGAAGUGAACAUUGUUGUCCUCCUGCAUGAUGAUCAUCUCAUCACAGAGAAUUUCCCACUGAAGCUCUGCAGGAUGUAAAUAGCCAGAGGAAGAAUCACUUAAGGAGUGACUGGAGAAGGAUAAAAUCAUUCAGAGACAAAAUGAGAUUUUAUCUUAUCUUGUUAUUUGAAGUGAAAACUUAUCACUUGCUUCCUCCUGAUGGUGGUUCUUGGGCUCUCAGUUAUCCCAAAGCCUUUGCCUGUCUUAUGGUAGCCUACAUGGACUAACUAUCUUGAGAGCUCUGUCAAGUAUCUGAUUUCAGCAACCAGAUUUUGUGUUUUUUUCUCAAACAAAUUGUGAAUGAU